AUGAAACGUUUAUAUGCCCUCCAUGUGAGAGAGUUUGUGAUGCUAUGUGUCUCUAUUUUCAUCUUCAUGGUAACGAUACAUGAAGGAACUGCUUUUCAUAACAGGAAGACCGCACACCUAAAGACAAUCACUUUAAAACGGAGAACGGACAAGUGGGCCGGAGCUUCACACGGAGAUGGUGACCCGCAACUCAAAAGAGCCAUAGACAAUGAAAAUGUCAGACCCAUGAAAGAUACAAAUGGCUAUUUCAUUACGACAGUUUUAAAUCACAAAAGGAAUCUAAUUGCUUCCUUGCACACUGGUGAAACAAAGCCAAGAAGAUCCAAUGAUUUCACUUGGAAAAGAACUUACCUACCAUCAGCGAGAAAGCCCUAUUGGGGACAUUUCCUAGGCCUACAUCCUUGGUACGACCCAAACUUGUAUAAAAAACAGAUUUCCAACAAUGAACCAGUGGUAGACGAUGAGCCUUUCAUUGUUUUGCCACCUGAUAACACAAUAAACACUAAAGAUGAGGCUUUCAAACUGGACGAGGAAGCUGAAACUGCGGCACCAACGGCAAAGAAGAUACCUACCACGACACCUACAACGCCUACGACACCAACAACGCCUACUACACCCACAACAACACCUACGACGCUCACGACACCGUUAACAACUCCAACUACCCUACCCCCGAUAACAACCCCUCUGCCAACAACCCCACCAACCACUCCUCCGACACCGCAGCCCGCGCCACCAACCCCACGACCUAUCCCACCGCCGCCUGCACGGCCACAAAUCAUAGACAUCCAGUCUGAAAACCCUUUACUUAAAAGAGGGACACCACCAGUUCCUGCCAACAUCAAUCUAAAUCUUGAGAUUGGGGAUAACGGCGAAACGGCUGAGGCUGAACAACAUGAAAAUGUACCGAUGUCACCAACACCACGCGUGAUUUAUGCUCAAACCUUGCCCGCUCCCGCAGAAUCUACUCCACAGCCUUCUCCCCAAAUAAUCAUUGCACAAAUGCCUGCCGCCUCGGAAGCGUCACCAGCCGGUCAACAACCUCAAAUAGUAAUGGCACAACCUGCUCAAGCACAAUCUCAACCCCAGUAUGCCCUUGCACCUGCUCCUUCACCACCGCCACAACCACAAUACAUUAUUGCUCCUCCACCCCCAGUGCCAGCUCCCCCACCACAAUACAUAAUUGCAUCUCCACCAGAGCCUCAACCGGCUCCAGCUCCAGCUCCCGUAAUUGUUCCUGCACCACCACCGGCUCCUAUUGCUGCUCCACCUGGACAAGUGACUAUAGCCGCAUCACCGCCGGCAGCAAUAACGGUGUCCUCGUCAGCACCUGCGGCACCAAUGGGAGGACUAAAUAACAUGUUAAUGUCCAACCCUGUUAUGGGACUACCUUCGUUAAAUCCAGUUUCUCCUCUUCUCUUAAACAACAGGCUUAUGACACAGGGAGGGUCUUUAUAUCCCGGAGGCAUGGGCAGUUUGCAGUCACCAUUAAUGCAAUCUUUAGGCUUACCUUUGCCUUCGUACGCUUCCCCACUCAACCAACAAUUACAAUACCCUUCAUCACUCAUGUAUCCCUCCCCUCUUUCGCUACCUGGUAUCCAACAGUUCCCUAAUGUCCUCUCCUCUAUUGGCCAAACAGGCUAUGAUCCCCUUCUGUAUAAUGGUUUAAUCGGAAUGUUUGCCAAUGCCAUUCGCUCUUCCAUGACCCAGUCUCAGCCGAAUGCCCUUGCAUCUGCCUUGGCUCUCGCUGCAACUCAAGCUCAGGCGCGAAACCAGCCGCCAGACCUUUUAACAGCUGCUCUUGUACAAGCCUUGGCACAAGACAUGCAGCAAGGUAUUCAACCAAUCAGUAAUGAUAGAUUAGUGCAAGCGUUGUCGCAAGCACUGUCACAGGCUCCACCUAGCAUGCGGCAGAUCCCCAACCCUGCUCCUGCCCCUGCACCUCCCGCCUCUUCGUUACCACCGCCACCAAACCCACCACAACGUUCCGGUCCUCCAGUGCCGCUAUAUCAAGUGGUUCCCACUGUGACGAGACAAGACGCUCCCCCUCGGGCUUCAAGGUCCAACGCAAGUAGAAAUGAGUAUUCUGUGAAUACAGUUGGAAAGGCUUUAGCUAACGCCCUGAUAAAGGCGGCAAGAAAAGUUGCCAGUCAAAACACACGUCCAGGUAAAAGACAACAUAAAGGGUCUCGCCACAGACAUCACAAAGCCGAUAGCGAUGGUCGGUACGAUGAUAACGAGCAUUAUAAUGUUCGUUCAUUUGUUCCUCUUUUAUAUGCACACUCUCCCGACUAUAAGUACGAAAAAAUACAUCGUAUGAUCAAUCAAUGGGAAGGAAAGGACAUGAUAAAAUAUUACGCAAUGUUUCGCACAUUCUGGAGGCGUGUUGUUCACCCUUGUUACUCUAGAGCCUGUUUCAUUUGCCAGAGAUGUCUUGAAUAGUUCGUAACUU